AUGAAGCCACAUGGUUACACGGGGAAGAGCAGUGCCACCACGUCAGCCAAAGAGACCAAAUGCAACACAAGAGUUAACCAAGCCAAAGACAAAACUCAGAGGGCCACUAAGAGUGGCAGUGGUCCUAGAGUGUCCCGUGGUCACCGACUAGGGAAAGUGGACAUCAAGGUCCUGGAGGAACGUGCUCUCGGGGAGUACACGGCAGCCAUGGAGGCCCUCCUUAUUGACCCCAACGGGGUCAGGGAGAGGUUAGAGGUCAGAAAUCAAGAGGAAGAGGAGGAUGAGAAGAAGAAUGAUGAGGAAGAAGAGGGAGGAAGAGAUGGGGAAGGCUCGUUCACAGAGUACCUAAAUGAGCUGUGCAGUCAGAAGGAGUUUGUCACUAAGGUCGGAGCAGUGCUGGAUUUGCAGUACCUGUCUUCUCUCCUCACCUCAGACCCCGAUACCAUCGACCUCCUAGCACAGGAGGAGGCACAGGUGGAUCAGGAGAUGCCAGACGUGCCUGCAAGUGUUACUUGCAGUGACCCAGAGGACUACGCUACCCACACUGCAUCUGAAGGCUGUACUGCACAACAACAGGCCCCGUCACUCACAGAACACAGAGAAGCUCUGAGCCCACCUAUGACAUCAUAUGAAUUACAAUUCGAGAGGCACUGCAGGUCUAUGUCCACCAGUAUUCAUCGUAAGAGCCGUUCAACUUCAAACUACGAUAACCACAAUGCACCUGACCACGGGCCUCCAUUGUUCAUACAGACCCAGGACGGUUGUACUGUUAGUUACCUCAUCCCUCCUACCCCUUCACCGUCUGGAACUUUCCAACUGGCAACCUCACAGGACGGCAUGUUUCAGCUUCAAGGUCCCUGCCCUCCUCCUCAACCUGGGAACAAUUACUCCCACAAUGCACCAUUCCCAAUGCCCACACCACACCUCCGAGCCUUCCCUCUGCCACCUCUACCCGUUAGUCACAAAAAUGACAAUUACCACAACGCACCACCACCGCAAGGGUUUUUCAUCCUACCGGAAAACUAUUCCCCACUCCCUAACACUAUGGCAGGCCAGGAUGCAUUUCAGAUGUGUCCUCCACAACGUUCCAGGCACUUUGUGUUCAGUGAGGACAGCCCUGAGGGUGGACCCUUCAUGUUUAUUCCUAUGGGAGAUUACGUCCCGCACAAUGCACCACUUCCGAUGAUGAUGAACCCCUCCCCAUUUCCUUUGUCUGAACAUCAAAUCCUGAGUUAUACUCCUAGUAACCAGACUUCCCAACAGACACAGUAUCAUUAUCCAAACAAUACUAUUGCUGUGACUGAUGUCUACUAUCCCCCAGGAGCUUUGCCUGUAGAAAAUGAAAACAAUCCGAAUCUUUAUAUAACAACUGGGCCUAAUACAGCCUAUGAAGCUAUAUUGUCACAUGGUCAUAGCUCGUCAAUAGAACUACCCGCUGUCAUCUUGCCUGUUGUGGGCAGCAGUGGUCAGUAUAGAACAGGACAUUCAGCCUCAAACUUUGUGGUUCAGGAAUCAAAAGACCCACUCUCAAUCACUUCAGUCCUUGACCUCCAGGGCGGUCCUCUGCAAGGGGACCUUCUAGCCUCCGAGCCCGCCACAUCCUCAACCACGCCUGGGGUACUCAACAACCUGCACCGGAUUAAGUCCGAUCAACAGAACUACAACCAGUCAGGUCAACAAAACUACAACCCCCGGAACGAGGCAAACUUGUCUGUCCCCUUAAAUACGAGUAAAGAUGGGUUAACCUUCACGAUCCUGCCUCUGGAAAGAGAGGAAGAUGGAGUGAUGGAGGGAAUGAGUGAAGAAGAAGAGGACUCGGGCGACUCCACCGCGGGGCAAAUGGGAGACGUGCCAAAACAGGAGGAUCUGGAGGAAAAGAAAGAAGAGGACGGAGGGAGAGAAGAAGAAGAGGGAGGAAGAGAAGAAGGAGUAGUACUAUCACCCAUCCAGACAUAUCCUUUCCCCUCCCCUCCUCCUGUCUCUAGUCUAGGCCCGCCUACUCCGAUUGCAUCCCCCGGCCCUUUCCCUCUGGCGGCUUAUCACGGGGGCAGGAGGAUGUUGACGGAAAACCCACCAUUCCGCCCCCCUAACCUGAGACUCCUAGCCAUGGCUGCACUCAUCCACUCUGUCUCUUCAACGCCCCCGGAGGGCCAAGGAGACGACAACAAGGAUGAGGGUCAACUGAACUGGAAGCCCCAGGAUCCUCGCCCCUUUCAGCUGUCUCACCCUGCCCGGGACAGGGUCACCCCCCCUUCAGGCCAUGGGGAUGGGGAUACCCCCUGCACCGUACCCAUCCAGUCCUUCAUCAUGGCUGUCUCCUGCUCCACCCCCAGAGGCGACCCCUUCCUGGAUGCUCACCUGACAGGCUGGGUUAGGGACACCCCGAACCCGGCAGGUGAGGGAGAUCCAGAGCCUCUACCUCUAUGGGCCACUGCCUCUCUCUCAGACCCCACAGAGGAGCCUCAAAUUGGGGAAGGGAGUCUGGAACACAGGCCUCAGCUGGAGGAAGGUCCUAGACUGGAUGUGACUGGGAGAGGAAUGGAGGUGGAGGCAGCUGACAAGGGAGGUGAGGAGGAAUGGAGGGUGAUAGACACUUCGUCAUUCGACGGGCCCAACACUGAAACAUCUGAUAGUUUCAAUGCUAAAAUGUUAGACUGUGUGAAUAGUUCAGCUUCAGAUGGCAACAAAGCUGAAGCUUCAGACAUGCGUAUCAGUUCUCAAGCUUCAGACAUGCGUAUCAGUUCUCAAGCUUCAGACAUGCGUAUCAGUUCUCAAGCUUCAAACAUGCGUAUCAGUUCUCAAGCUUCAGACAUGCGUAUCAGUUCUCAAGCUUCAGACAUGCGUAUCAGUUCUCAAGCUUCAGACAUGCGUAUCAGUUCUCAAGCUUCAGACAUGCGUAUCAGUUCUCAAGCUUCAGACAUGUGUAUCAGUCCUCAAGCUUCAGACAUGCGUAUCAGUCCUCAAGCUUCAGACAUGCGUAUCAGUUCUCAAGCUUCAGACAUGCGUAUCAGUUCUCAAGCUUCAGACAUGCGUAUCAGUUCUCAAGCUUCAGACAUGCGUAUCAGUUCUCAAGCUUCAGACAUGCGUAUCAGUUCUCAAGCUUCAGACAUGCGUAUCAGUCCUCAAGCUUCAGACAUGCGUAUCAGUUCUCAAGCUUCAGACAUGCGUAUCAGUUCUCAAGCUUCAGACAUGCGUGUCAGUUCUCAAGCUUCAGACAUGCGUGUCAGUUCUCAAGCUUCAGACAUGUGUGUCAGUCCUCAAGCUUCAGGACUGGACCCUGCCAACGUUAAAGCAUUAAAUAGAAUUGAUCUUAAGGUGACAAAUGUGUCUGAAACAAAUCUUCCAGACAAUGUCAACACUCAGGCAACUAACAGUGCAAUUGUUCAAGCAACAGACACAAUCAUCACUGAAGCGCCUUGUGUUACUAACUCCGGAAGUUCAGCCACUGUCAACGAAAAGCUAACAGACGUGAUCACAGCCACCGAAGCCUCUGGUAUCACUGAGUCAUGUGGUUCAGCUGGUGGCAACAAACCGUCGCCAGACUCUCCUGCUAUUGACUGUGUGAAGGAGUUCGCUGACCUCAGUACAGUUCCUAUUAUCACUCAGGUGGACUCCGACAUAGAGAGCUCACCGCCAUCCAUAAGCAGCAGAGAUCCUGGAUCAACCCUACUGUCAGACUGUAUGAGUGAGACAGUUGAAGAAGCCUAUCCUAGAAUGGAGGAAACAUGGAACCAGCCUAUAGAAGGGGUGAACUUGGAUGAGUCUAUGUCCGAUAGUCAGGCUUCCAUACCUGGGCUGCUCCACCCUCACUCUGCCUGGGAUGAGUCCACUCCACUCCCCCUGUGUCUGGAGGCUACAGGGGUCAACAACGACCAGCUCCAGUCAUACACGCCCAGGGACAGCACAAGGGAGACGGCCAACAUCUCUACCGCACACAACCUCCUCACCCUGGGGCAGGUUGAGGUGGAACACUCCCUCACCCCAGCAUCUCGUGGAACAUCUUGA